CUACCUAACAGACCGCGUACCUAUCCGCUAUGGCAUGUAUAGGGACGUUGUUAGGUAGGGAUUCGUUAGCUAUAAUUAUGGCUUACGACGCGAUGGCUCUACGUGUCAAAAUUUAGUCUACGUACGUCGCUUACGAGUGCAUGUACGUAGCUCACAGGGUUACCUAUCCGCUAGCUACGGAAUAGGGAAUCCGACCUUGUACCUACACCUUUUGGGUAGGUAUGGAGUGAGGGUGCUCCUGUCUCUCGGAUGCUUUCGUGCCCGGUACCGAGGGGUAUAGGACUGGUAGGGUAGCGCUGGGAUAAUCCCACUCAUUAUUAAUUAUUUUUGUUUGCUUUUUGUUCCUUAUUUUUUGCCUUUUUGUUCCUUUGUUUUGACCCAUAUAUUGUCUUGUUUUAUUCCUGAAAUAUAUGGGAUUUACCAGUGCUUAAAAAGUACUUCCGUUUUUUUUAUUUCACCGAAAAGCGAAUGGCGAGGCGGUGAUUCGCCAGACAUUCGCGAAGCUACUAGAUAGCUAGGUCUUCCCUUGGGAUUGUCUUUAGUCAACCUAAGGGUUGUUUUAAAUGCGUGUAAGAUGGUAUUUUAGGGCUUGUCUAAGGACAGAGGACUUGAUUUAUUUUUUCUUGCAGGUCAUCGUUAGGAUUUUUUUGGUCAAUUUCGGGUCAAUAAUGUAAAAUUUGUCCUGAGUGACUGGGCUCCAUUUGGAUAAUCAUGAAAUUUUUGUCAGUUGCUUUGGUGUACACCUUUUGGCUAGCUUGCGCUCUUGCCGGUCCAGGUCUUUACUGGAGCACAAAAGAAAUUCAAAGAUGCAUCAACAUUUCAGGACAGGAAAAUCCUGAAAUGAAAAUAUGGCGUUCUAUAAUAGGUGGUACAAGAGUUGAACCCAGCCGCGAGGAAAAAUGCUCUUUGAACUGCCGUCUCCAAAAUAAUGAAUUUUUUGACCAUGACGGUAACCUUCGAAACGGUUCAGAAUAUUUUAGAAAACUCUUGGAACAAUUCCCAACAAUUGUAAAACACAGUGAUGUACUGAUGGCUCAAGUAUUCCAGACCGUCAGAUCGGCCAAAGCUAUUAAUGACAAAUGCGAAAGAGCUUUCGUAAUUCAUACCGAAAUAGACUGGAGUAUUCAAACGUUGCGAAUGGCGAGCGGAAUAGGAAACGUUACUGGUAUCAAAGAUAAUACUAUCAACAUCUUAGAGAACCGACAAAACCUCGAUCAAGAGAUAUCGCAACAACGUGAACAAUACUUCGGAUUUUUCGAUGCUUUGACAAGCGAAGAAGCGAAAUGGUGGAGCGAGGGGUUUAAUAUCUCCGCUUCAGCUUUUUGCAAAUUGUCAAAAGCUAUGAAAACUCUGAACUGGAAAUAUAAUUCGAUAUGGCACUCAUCACCCUCGACCGCAGGAUGCUAGAAAUUGAAAUACUAUUAUUUGAAACAGAAAAAUCGAUAAGGUUACAAUUUAUUCUUCUUGUUUUCUUCAAGAUUUUUUCAUCAUGUAUUUUCAUUGAAAAUUUUUUAACACAAUAAUUCAAAAAAAUGUUGCGUAUUUUUAUGCAAAUUUAUUGCAUGAUGAGGUAGGUAAAUUAUGAUAUUUGGUCCUCAAAGUGAAAAUACCAACAAAAAGUUGAAUAAAGUAUGAACAGAAACAA